AUGUAUCGUCUACUCACUUAUUUCUCCUGCUGUUUGGCCCUGGGAGCAGGCUUAAGUCUGAUACCAGACGAUUAUGUGGAGCAUGCGUUGCCCACCACAUCGUUUCCUGAGGUAGAAGGUUUUCCCCUGGUGGUUGACACAUGGACUGAAUUGGGACAAUCCACUCCGGAAGAAGAGACGAUUAUGGAUCAGGAAAAAAUUAACUGGCAGCCACUGGAUCAGGAGCCCGAUCUGAGAGAGAACCAUGAAAUAAAAGCAAGAAGUGUUGACGAUAAAAUUGGCUCCCCUUCAGCAGAAUCCUCUUCUGCAGGUAAAGUUGUGAUGGAAGAAACCUCUUCCACUGUUCCAGUUACCACUACAACCAGGGUGGCUUCCGAAAUAGUCAAGGAAGAAUCAAUUUCUCCAGUUAGGGAAUCCUCCACAACGGUUAGAGCAGAGGUUUCCCAGUCUCUUCCAAAAGAUGGUGUAACUGAGGCUACUACUCUACUUACUCGGGAUGGAAAUGUUCAGACGUGCCAAAGUCCUCAAGAAAGUGGAAUACCCAGACUCUUAAGGACGGCUUUGCCUGUACUGCCCGCUGACAAACUGCAAAAUAUUCUCGCCAAUGCCGUUCAAUCUGAUGCUCAAGUAAAAAAUCUUGUCCAGCUUCUACGUAGCGAUGCAUUCAGGCAACAGGUUCAAAAUCUAAGAGCCACAAAAGAAUACAAGACUCUUCAGGAUUAUGUGUGCCAGCGCCUAAAACUGGAUUAUUCCAAUUACCUAAUCUACGUGAGAGUUUUCCUAAAUAUUUAUAUAGAUUCAAAACCAACAAGUGAUUUGCCUAACCGUCGUCCAGGCGUAAGUGGUCUUCUUCAGGACUUGCGAAACGCCUUGCCACGCACUCAACUAAGGGACCUCUAUGUCCGUCUCUAUGCCGUCGAUCGAGAACUAUCCGAAUCCGUGCGUCUUAUACGUGGACGGGAGUUCCGUAAUGUUCUAAGAGACAUUCGCAUUACAAAGGAGUAUAUUUCCAUUCGAGAAGAAUUACGUAAGGCCGAUGUUCCACUGCAGCGAGUGGCUAAUCUGGUGUCCACUGCUCUGGGCUGGUCAAACAAUGACAUGGGCGAGGAGAUUGUGGUUGUCUAUUUGUAAACACCGAUGCGUACAUUAACCAAAACUUUAUAUAUGAAAUUCCUAAAUCGAAUAAUUU